AUGAUGAUGUAUUCAGGGCACAUUUCAAGCAAGUUAGAAAACGACAAAUUAUCAUAUAGUUGUUACCAAGGCAAGGAAAAAUUGGGAUAUAAUGAAAGUUGGUUCAAUAAAAUCAAGAACAGAAGUGAAGCAGGAGUAUCAUACCAAAGCCAACUUGAAAUUUUAUUUUGGAUAGCAUUCUGUCUAGUGCUGAUGGUGGGAUACAAGUACCUUUCUGAUGGAAGUUUUUCCGCAAUAUUGACACUAUCUUCGGCAUUCCAAUGUUUUGCAUUUCUAUUACUGGCAUCAAAAGUUAACACGCAGUGUUCUCUUUCAGGAAUUUCUCUAAGAAGUCAAAUACUGUAUUCAAUAGCUUUAAUUUCUAAAUUAUCUUCUACUUUAUUUUUCAAUGGAUAUUUACCAGUAGAUAGAUCGGGCGAUUGGGUAUAUCAAGUGGCAGAUGUAGUUUCUUUGGCUAUUUCUCUCUUAUUAAUUUAUUGGGGGAACACAAAGCUUAAGUAUCAAUACAAAUUUGAUAAAGACUCAGUAAAUAUUAUCAUACCAAUAGUAUUUUCUGCUAUAUUAGCUGCAAUAAUACAUCCAGAUUUGAAUAGUUAUUUCCCAGCUGACUUUGCUUGGACAUUUUCAUUAUAUUUGGAAACAACAGCGAUGCUACCGCAGCUUGUUAUGAUGACAAAAAUUGGAGGUGAAGUUGAAACUCUUACAAGUCAUUAUCUGGCAUCUUUAGCAACCUCAAAGAUUCUGUCAUUUGUGUUUUGGCUUUUUUCAUACAGGGAACUCGCUCCUGAGCAUGGAAAAAACAUUCCAGGAUGGACCGUAAUGGCUUCCUUUGCAAUUCAAAUAAUUCUUUUUACAGACUUUUUGUAUGCAUACAUUAAAUCUGUUCGUUUAGGAAAAGCACUAAUUAUCCCUACAAGUAUUGUAUAA